UGGAAGUAUUGGAGGAGAGAAACAUUUUCAAAGAGUUUAUGAAAUAUCCAUUAAAUAACCCAAGAAAGGAUCUUGACCUACAAGUACUAAGCCUCCAUCUGCGUCCUAUAACUAGAAAAAAGUCUACAAGGAAUGGUUUGGACAAAAUGAAUCCUCACAGUGGUCAAACCAUAGAGCUAGAUGGGAGGAGAAAGGCCACAGUGAGACAUCCUGCUAAACCAAGAACAACCCCUAAAAGUAAGAGCCAGCAAGAGUUAGAAUAUGAAAAACUGCUCAAAAAAUAUUUCAAAAGGAAAGGUAGAUCAAAGAAUCGCAACAAACUUCGAAGGCCUUCUAAAGUCAGAGAGCAAAAAGCAAUGCAGGAAAAAGAAGGUGAGGAGUACAAGGAGGUUAAACGUCAGAACCUCAGGUCCAGAAGAAUUCACCUUUUCAGCAGGUCAGAAAGGGAGAAACAACCAAAAGGAAAAAGACCAUCAAUGUCUAGGAAAGUAAAGCCUGCCCAUGAGGAAUUUCAAAGAACUGAGUUACCUGGGAACUGGGUUGAUGUUGGACAACUGGCAUUACCGCCAAUGCUUGACGGGGAGAUGUUAGAUGAAGAAAAACCACUGACAUAUAACCAACUUGGAGGAGAAAACUAUUAUAAUACUCAACAAGGAGACAUCCUGCAAAAGGCAGACGAGAAGAUAAUGCAAGAGAAAGCCAUAUGGGAUGGAUCAAAAGAUCAACAUGUUCUUUUGGGUCAUGAUAGACAUAGGAAACUGAAAUCCUUACAGAGUGGAGGGGAGGAGAAGUCCAGAGAACCUAGCCUUACAGAAGAUCACCAGGAAAUUACACAGUCCUCCUUAGGGACUAUGGCAAAUACAUAUUUCCAUACUUUUCCUGGUGCAGAAGAGACUUCAGUUUUGCUCCUUCCUACAAGAAAUGGAGUAAGGGACGAUGAGCUUCCUCAAGACAAUCAGAAGUUAUGGAGAAAAGUGGUGCCAGCAAAGACAAUACCUAUAAUAGAUAUAUACUCAGAUACUAUACAUCCUGUAGCAAUACAUGACGGACCCCACAAAGCUGAACAUCAGCAUGAAAUGCUCCUACUAGCAGAAGGUAGCGGGAGGGAUAAAAUGGGUCUGGAACAGGAGGACAAAAUUGUAACUUUUAUCCCAAAUAAAGGUAGUGCUCAAACACCACAAGUAACACAAGAGGUUUCCUUGUCACAACCUACUGCAACUAUACAGAAGUCGUCAUACAACCCUUCCUUAUCUCCUACCAGCGGUAACUACACUGAGGUACCAAGAGUCACAGAGAGUGAACAGUUACUUGAUGGGAAAUUCAGCCCAUUGGAGGCAACAAUGAAACAUAAUCCUGGACCGAUAUAUUGUAAACCCGGAUAUGAAGAAUCUGGUGGUGUUUGCAAAAACCAGUGUGAAGUUGGUGGCAUGAACUGUGGAAGCAAUGGGCAGUGUGUUAUUGUGGAAAACAUUGGGCCAAUGUGCAGGUGCCAGCAGAUGAAUUCUUUAUGUUAUGGUGGGGAAUGCUGCCGAUCAUCCCUUACAACAUUCCAGCUAGCGUGUGUCCUUGGCGGAUGCUGGAUUCUUCUGUCAGUGUUUUUGGGAUCUCUUCCUUUCUUGAUAAGGAAGGUGGAUAUUAAGACCAUCGCUAAAUCAGUGAGAACUAGCAGACUCUGGAUUUCCACUUUGAUGCCACACUCUAGCACAUCCUUGUCUUCGCAAUCUGCAGACCUCACUGUAUGUUCAGAUUAUGAGUCUGCACCAGAUCUCUCUACAUUGUAUCGGGCAAACAAGAUGACAUUUAACUCCACCAUGUUGCAAUGCGAGAGAACUUGGCUAUGAGACCACAUUUCAGUAAGGAGAUAGAUCCUGUUGUAGAAGUUACUGUACAUGGGCAAUACAAGCAGAAUA